UACUUCACUACCAUGAAAUGCUAAGUGACUCUGAUACAGAAUCAGAGUGUAGUUUGGAUUCCCUCAUCGUUGGGGAUGAUUAUGAAAUCGUCUUUACCUGUAUGUUGGAUCAAUCCAAUUUACAGAAAUACAAUUUUCUCAACCCACCAGCACCUACACCAGCACCAGCACCAGCACCAGCACCACCACAACCACAACCACAACCACAACCACAAUCACCAUUACCACCUCUGCCACCACCACCACCACCACCAUCUCCAUCACCACCAGCACCACUGCAAAGUGCUGCUAAAAAAAGAAGAGAAGAAUUGAAGACAUUUAUCAUGGAGCAUCCGUCACUUUGGUCAGUAAUACAAAGGCCUCGUGAAAAUAGAAAAUAUGAAGGAAGUGAAAAUCCAAAAUAUGAAGGAAGAGUUGAUAAGUACUACUGGAAUUAUUUGGAGAAAACAAUGUUCCGAUCUUUAAAGGAUGUUGAAAGGUACAUAGAAUCAGGUAUUGUCCCAAAAUAUGUGCCAAAGAAUAAGAAGCCAAGACUUGAAGCAAACAAUAUUGUGGAUGAAAAAUUUCAUGAGCACAUAAGCAGCCAAGGGGCUAUGAGUUCUACUUAGGAUUCGUAAGCGAACCUUCAUAAUAUUGUUUCAGGGAAGGUAGUUCGAUUGAGGAUUAUUUAACAAAAUCAGCUGCAAAAGAUGGAUUUUCGUCUAUAACGAUUGUCCUUUUUUUUUUUAAUAAUUGUACCUCACCUUUAUUAGCAAGAUGAGCUUCCGGUGGAUGUGUAUUGUAGACUGAGAUAUGGUUGGAGGUGGGAGUAAAAAUUAUUAUGUUUUGCUUGUUCGU